AUUUUUAGAUCGAUUGCUUUUGCCUGUCCACUGACUUUCUUCUUUCUUCUUUCCAUUGGUUCUGACUGAUGCUCAUUCUUGAAUGAACAUGGCGGCUACUCCAGCAACAAAUCCGUCCCAGUUGCUCCCACUUGAGCUUGUGGACAAAUGUAUUGGCUCCCGAAUUCACAUCGUCAUGAAAACCGACAAAGAAAUCGUCGGCACCCUGCUUGGUUUCGAUGACUUUGUCAACAUGGUCCUGGAAGACGUGACAGAAUUUGAAAUCACACCGGAGGGAAGAAGGAUAACCAAACUGGACCAGAUCCUCCUCAAUGGCAACAACAUCACAAUGCUCAUACCUGGAGGAGAAGGUCCUGAAGUAUGAGAGGAGAGUCAUCACCAAUGAAGGCUGAGGAGUUAUGCCUUUACCUUGUUGUGUUCCUUAGUUGAUUAUGUUGAUAUUGUUAUUUGUCAGUCAUUCCCUCUUGAUCUUAAGUAAGGUAAAUAUUUUUGUAAGAUUUCAAUUGAGUAUUUGUUAUAAAAAAAAAAAGAGGUUGAAUUCAGAAGUGCAUCAUGAAUCACUCAAAACUGUUUUUCUUUUUACAAAUAAAUGCAAAUCACACAG